GGAACUGUUGCAGUCGUUGGCCACUCACUGAUCACACAUUCAAUGGCAGACUUCUUCGGUUCCAGCGCUCCCUUUGCAGAACCUCUCUGGUAUUCACGGGUGGGCAAUCCCAACUAUAACGACUCACACAGACGACUCCGCGAUGAGAUUCGACGCUAUGUCGAUACAGAGAUUGAGCCGUUUUGCUCGGAAUGGGAAGCCAAUGGAGCCGUUCCGCAACAGGUGCUCAGUCGUCACUCGGCCUUGGGCUACACGGCACUCCUGAUCAAUCCAUCCGAGACGCGGGAAUACCUGGGAGAGAUCAAACUCCCCGGGCAGGUAUCUCCGGAGGAAUGGGACGGCUUUCACGAUCUCAUAGCCAUCGAUGAGAUGGCCCGUUGUGGCUCUCUCGGGGUGUUAUGGGCCCUCGGCUGCGGCAACGCCAUCGGAUGCCCUCCCAUCAUCCACUUUGGCACUGCGGAACAAAAGACCAGAUGGCUGCCUCGUGUCAUUCGGGGUGACAUCAGGUUCUGCCUGGGAAUCACAGAACCCGAAGCCGGAUCCGAUGUUGCCAAUGUCUCGACCACAGCAGAGAGGCGCGAUGGUGUGUUUGUGGUGAGCGGCACCAAACAGUGGGUGACGAACGGGCUCACCGCCGACUACUGUACGGCCGCCGUGCGGACAGGCGGCCAGGGCAAAAGUGGCAUUUCCAUUUUGGUCAUUCCUCUGCACGCGGAAGGGGUCACUCGGACGCCCAUUCAAAACUCUGGCGUUGCUUCGAGCGGAUGCGCGUCACUUGUGUUUAACAACGUCGAGGUCCCCGCUGCGAAUCUGAUCGGCGCAGAGAAUGAAGGCUUCAAGCUAAUCAUGCUCAGCUUCAAUCACGAACGCCUCUGGAUCGCGGGCAACUGCCUACGCCUAGCUCGCGUCUGUCUCGAAGAUGCCUACCAACACGCGCUCUCGAGACGAACCUUUGGCAGGCCGCUGAUCGACCGGCAGGUGAUACGGCUCAAGAUUGCGAAUGUGGGGAUGCAGAUCGUGGCCGCCUAUGCCCUGCUCGAGUCCCUCGUGCAGGUCCGAGACAGCAACUUCAAGAGAGCUGCGCAGUCGGAUGAGGUCCUCGGGACCAACAUCGGUGGGCUGUGCGCCCUGGCCAAGGUCAAUGCUGCGAGAGCCACGGAGCUUGCGGUGCGCGAGAGCCAGCAGAUCAUGGGGGCGUUGGGCUAUACCCGGGGUAGCGGUCCUGGUUCCCGUGUGGAGAGGAUCAGCAGGGAUGUGCGUGUGCUCGUGAUCGGUGGUGGCAGUGAGGAGGUCCUUUGUGAGAUGGCAGUCAUGCAGGAAAGAAAGGAUCUUGUCAAACUGCAGCAGCUCAGUUGAUGGUUCUACUACCUCUGGAUUGGUUGGAACAGCGAUGAAUAUUACCAUGCC